GCUACGUGGGCACUUUCUCUUCCCAGCUACUCAGAGCUCCACAGGCCACCCACAACCUCCCCAUGGAUGCCCUCGGAGCAGCAGCCCUUUUCCUGGUCAUCUGCCUCUCUUGCCUGACGGUCCUCUCAACAUGGCGGCAGAUUCACCGCAAAAGCCAGAUGCCACCUGGACCAACUCCCCUCCCCUUCAUCGGGAACCUGCUGCAAGUCAACACAAGUGAUAUGUGCCGUUCACUCAUGAAGAUUCAUGAGAAAUAUGGACCUGUCUACACCAUCCACUUAGGGCCCCGCCGUGUUGUGGUCUUGUGUGGAUACGAUGCCGUGAAGGAGGCCCUGGUGAAUCAGGCUGAAGAGUUCAGCGGCCGUGGAGAGCAAGCCGCAUUUGACUGGAUUUUCCGGGGUUACGGGGUUGCCUUCAGUAACGGGGAACGGGCUAAACAGCUACGCCGAUUCUCCAUCAUGACGCUGAGGAAUUUUGGGAUGGGAAAGAGAUCCGUCGAAGAGCGGAUCCUGGAGGAAGCCCACUUCCUGCUGGAGUCCCUGAGGGCAACAAAAAGUGCGCCUUUUGACCCCACCUACGUCCUGAGCCGUUCAGUGUCCAACGUGAUCAGCUCCAUUGCCUUUGGCAACCGCUUUGAAUAUGAAGAUAAGGAGUUCCUCUUCUUGCUCAGCAUUUCGCUGGAAAUCUUCCAGUUUACUUCCACCGCUUGGGGACAGCUCUACGACAUGUUCUCGGGCAUCAUGCAGCACCUGCCUGGCCCACAAGAUAAAACCUUCAAGAAGGUGUCGGGUCUGAAGGAGUUCAUUAAAAGGAAGGUAAAAGAAAACAUGGAGACCCUGGACCCCAACAACCCUCGGGAUUUCAUUGAUUGCUUCCUAGUGAAAAUGCAGCAGGAAAAGGAAAACCCAAACUCAGAGUUCUUCCUAGAGAACCUGGUUUCUACAACAGCUAACCUCUUCUUCGCUGGCACAGAAACGGUCAGCACCACCUUGCGCUAUGGCUUCCUGCUUCUGCUGAAAUACCCGGAGGUUCAAGAGAAAGUCCACGAAGAGAUUGACCGGGUGAUUGGCUCGAAUCGCACUCCCAACAUGGAUGACCGUCCCCUGAUGCCCUACACGGAGGCUGUGAUCCACGAGAUCCAGAGAUUCGCUGACAUGCUCCCCUUGGGGGUAGCAAGGCGUGUGACCCGUGAUACCCAGUUCCGGGGAUACACCAUUCCCAAGGGAACUGAAGUGUUUGCUUUGCUGGGAUCCGUGCUGAGAGACCCCAAACAUUUUGCAAGACCAGACAUGUUUGACCCACAACAUUUCCUGGAUGGGAAUGGGCAGUUCAAGAAGAAUGACGCUUUUAUGCCAUUCUCUACUGGGAAACGUUAUUGCUUUGGAGAGCAGCUGGCCCGAAUGGAACUUUUCUUCUUCUUCACCAGCAUCCUGCAGAACUUCCGCUUAAAAUCUCCUGUCCCUCCUGAAAAGAUCGACAUGUCUCCCAUGCUGGUUGGUUUUGCCACCGUUCCACGUUUCUAUGAAAUGUGUGCCAUUCCCUUGUGAAGGCAGACAGGUGUCUUGAACAAGCGGAGGACUGUUGUCACCCACCUUGGCUGCCCCAAGUGCAAAAGUUGGAGAGAGCUUGAACUCAUGAAGGGCCAGAACAGGUUGACCCUCCCACCUCCAGAAUCUUUCUUUUUAAGCUCCAUGAUCUCUGUUUCCAUCCCGAUUCUGCCGGGAUCAGAAUGCGGCCAGGAUCUCAUCCGCUCAGGUAUUUGAGGACUAGAACAGCCUCAUUUGUAGGUUGGGGACACACACACACACCCCACACACAAAUUUAUGCCAGGGGCAGAAGGGGCUCCAUGCUGACGAUUUCCUUUGCUUCUGUAGAUAACCUUAGCAUAAGUAUCUUAACGCGUGUCUACUCAAAAGUAAGUCCCAUUUGAAUUCAGUGGAGGUUACUCCCUAGGCGGAUAUAAGAUUUAUUUCAGGUUUAUAACUAACCUUGAAUUGAAUUUAGUGAGGCUUGCUUCAAGGAAAGUAAGUGUAGGAUUACACUAUUAAAGUGAGAGCAUGUUUACUCGCAGGUAAACUCCAUCCCCAAGAUCUGCAUUACAGGAUCCCUAAAAAGUUUACUAAAUUAAUAUAUGUCAGAUGUUUUCAAGUUUAUGCAAUAUAGAUGAUAAUAUCAGGGACUGCUGUUUAUGGACAAUUUCUCAGUGCCUUUAAAAGCUGCAUACCGGAAAUCAACUGAUGGAGCUACUCCUUGUUGCAGUGAUGGAAACAACUUCACCUGCUGAAGGCAAACAGCUUCUGUCUAUGAAAGAGCAACAAACCUAUCAAAACGCAAUUGACAAGUUUCCCAAGAAUAUAUAUUUAUUUGGAAACUGCUACUCCCCCCCCCUCUUUACAAAAGACACAGAAAAAUGUUACAGAUAACACAUCUAAAGAAAGGAUAAUUUGCAAGUCAAUUGUAUAAAAAAGGGCAGCUGCAUGCACACUCUAUAAACAUUUGCAAAAUAUUUUUAUUUUGCUGCGCUCGCUGGGGCACCCCUGGGGGGGCCGGCGCCCUGUGUUUGAUAUAUGAUUGGCCGGGGGGGGGGGAGAAGGUGAUCUCACCUAGGGCGCAAAAAACCCUAGCACCGGCCCUGAAUACGAUACAAUGUAACAAGUAAAAAUAAGAUGACUUCAAAGUCCAGACUUUCCGUUUAAGGCCAAAAUCGCUCUAGAGAAGAAACUGUUCUUGAGAGGGCUCGUUCUUGCCUGCAUUGUUCUGUAUCUCCGUCCCGAUGGCAGGACCUUGAAGAAACGGUGACCAGGAUGCGAUGGACCUCUUGAUAUGUUGGAAGAGGAAGAGUGGGAGUGUGGUGACGAAGAGGGAAGAAGAAGGGUGUGGGGCCAGGAUAGUGGUGGUUUAGGUUAGGCUUAGGAUAACUUGAAGUUAAAGUCUGACAGAGUUAAUGUAUAACUGUAACUAAGCUUGUAAACUUAUGCAUUGUUAAGAAAAGAAAAAACUAUGUUCUCAAGAAAAUAAAAUUCAUCUUCUUUUUGUGUCAAA